AUGACCCUGUGCCAAACCGUGACGCCGCUCCGCUUGAAGCUGACCAAGGCCAAGCCAGAUCUGCUGAACUUUAAGAAGGGAUGGAUGACAAAGCUGUACGAAGACGGAAUGUGGAAGAAGCAUUGGUUCGUCCUCACCGAUCAGAGUUUGCGGUACUACAAGGACUCCAUCGCAGAGGAGGCUUCCGAUGCGGACGGCGAGAUCGACCUGUCCACUUGUUACGACGUCAAAGAGUUCCCGGUGCAGAGGAACUACGGUUUUCAAAUCCUGUGUAAAGAGGGCGCGUGCACCCUGUCAGCCAUGACCUCCGGAAUCCGCCGCAACUGGAUUCAGGCCAUCAUGAAGAAUGUGAGGCCCACCAUCGCCCCUGAUGUCACACGGAAAAACCUCUCUCUGAAGCUGUCGGUGUUGAAGCCCAGAUCCCUUCCAGAAGACAAUCUAAAAGUGACGCUAGAGCCGUGUUCACAAUCUGUUUCUGAGCAAGACCCCAACCCUUCUGAGUCCCCAAAACCCGACGUCAACAACCAGUGCAGCUCCAACAACUCCUCCACCCCUCCCUCGGAACCGCGCAAAAGCCGCAUCCGGGAACGCAGGCGAGAAGGCCGCUCCAAGACGUACGACUGGACAGAGUUCAAGAUGGAGAAGCCAGAAAAGCCGGCGAAGGAGCGCGCCGAUACGGUAGACCUCAGCUCGUCGUUUUCUCCCAAUUCCUCCUACAGUUCUUCUUCCAACCCUUCGUCCAUGGCCUCCUCUCCGGCCUCCACCUCCUCCCAGCUGCAGUCCACAACAGAAGACAGGGUCACGGCAGCGCACUCGCCGUCCAGCUACGCCACUAGCAACACAUCGACCAGUCCACUUGGGCGAGAGUGUCUGGGAAAAAUGGAGAUAGACCAUCCUUCAAGCAAAGGCGGUAAAGGGCCUGGUGUCCGAGACGAGAUCGAACAGCGGUGGCAUCAAGUCGAGACCACGCCGUUGAGAGAAGAAAAACAAGUCCCCAUCGCGACGGCCUCAACAGUGUCCAGUAACUCUGACCGGUUACCGCCGCACGAGCUGGCAGAACUGCUCGACAAAGAGUUGGGACAGAAACAAAAAGAGCUGGACCAACUUCAAAAGCAGAACGACCUUUUGAAAGAGCAACUGGAGGAUGCGCUAGGCCGAGAGCAGAGCGCCAGAGAGGGCUACGUCCUGCAGUGUGCCACACCCCCUUCCUCAUCACCACAGCGAGUCCCCUGGCAUCGAUUACACAGACUAAACCAAGAUUUACAAGGAGAACUGGACACCCAAAAACGCAAGCAAGAUCUUGCACAGCAGCAGAUCCGGACACUAAAGAGAAGUUUCACCGAAGCCCAAGAGGCUGUAGACCGGCAUGAGACUGAUAUUCAGGCCCUUCAGGCCAAACUGGCGUCUGCGAUGGCAGAAAUAUUAGCAAGUGAACAAGCCGUGGCUCGAAUGCGCAAUGAGCUCAAACUAGAACAAGUGCGCUCUAAGGAACAAGAGGAAGAACACAACUGCAGCGAGGCCACUCUGAGAGCUCAGCUGAAGGACAGUGAAGAUCGACUGAGACAAGUGGAGGCCACCCUCUUGGAGCGCAGCCAGGCUCUCAGGCACCUGGAGCGGCAGCAGGCGCUCCAGAGGGACCACCUCAGAGAAACUCAGAGGCUGCAGGAGAGACUGCAGGAGGUGACUGCUCGCCUCAGUGCCACAGAGGAGGGCCAGGCUCUGAAAGAAGAGCGCCUGAGGAAGGAGCAGCAGACCCUCAAAGAAGCUCAUGAGAGGGAGAAGCAGAGUCUAUGCAGGCGCCUGGCUGAGGCCCAGGGCACGCAGAAGAAUCUGGAGGACCGGCUUCUGGAGGCUGAGCAGCAGGUAGAAGCUCUGCUGCAUGGAAGACAGAGCUCUGCAGGACAAGAGGAGCAGAUCCUGAAGCUGCACGAAGAGCUGAGCCAGAAGAGCAACACGCUGGAGUCUCUAAGGGAGAGUGUGCGUCGACUGGAGGAGGAGAAAGCUCAUCUGAUGUGUCGCUGCCAGGAGCUUCUCAACCAGAUCGCAGAAGCAGACCGUGAAGUGAACAAGCUCCACAGUCGACUGGAGGCUGAGGAGGCAGAGUACUACACUCUGGAGCACUCAUAUGAGAGGGCCACAGAGGAGUUUCAGAAAAUGAGCCAGUUCCUCCGUGAGAAAGAGCAAGACAUCCUCCAAACAAAGGAGAUGUAUGAGCGACUAGUGGAGCGAAAAGAGGAAGACUUAAAAGAGGCCUUUGUCAAAAUAAAUGCACUCGGUAACAGUUUAGAGGAAACCGAGCAGAAGUUACAAGCAAAGGAGGAACUCCUCUGUCAGAUGAGUCAGAGACUGUUGGAGCCCUGCGAUGCUGAAAAAGAGUUACAAGCUAAGCUCGUUAUUGCAGAGGACCGGAUUUCAGAGUUGGAGCAGCAUCUUCAUGCCCUGCAGCUGGGAUACGCUGGUCUUUCCUCUGACCAACAGACGAGUCCAGAGAAGUGCAGCCAGGACUCUGUAGUGUCUAACGCACAAACCCCUUCAGAUGUAAAAGAGUUAGCUGAGGCCCACAAGAACUUGCAUCAAAGGGAAACAGCGUUGAAAACAAUUAUUGAAGCUGCGAAAAGUCCAGACUUGAAAAACAUCAUUAAAGAAAUUAAAAAGAGUUUAGGCCUAAGCAAACAUAAGCUAGCUGACGUCCGCCCCCCUGAACUGGCCCCUUACAUGGAGCAGAUCGAGGUUGAGGAGGCGCGAGUGAUGGCGGACGAGAUUGUAGAAAGAAACCUCCCAGAUGAUGUCCCAAUGUGUGGCGUCGACUCCAUCCAUUCACUAGAAAAUGCCCAUGAGAUUCUGGCCAGAGAACUCCAGAGGCAGGCAGCUAUUCUCCUCAAAUAUGCUCAAGAAUUAGAACACGGAGACAAACAUCCGGAGCUGGCGAAGAUGAUCCAUGCACUUUUAGGAAGGCAGGCAUCUCAUCAGGUGACCAGCACUUCCCUGUGUAUGCGAGAAGCCCUCAUUCAAAGCCAAGUGGCCUACGUGGCGUGCAGGCUACGGGCCAUGCAUGAGCAAGACCUGAGCUGGUACAAGCAGGCCAAUCAGAACAUGGAUGCUCUCGUCCAGCAGCACGCUCAAAACAUCAGCGCGAUCCAGGAGAAGUACGAGGCAUCCAUCGAAGAGCACCGGCAAAACUUCUCACAGAGGGUGGAGAGCCUCGAACACGAAAACCAAUCGCUGCAAAGUGAAAUCGGGAAACAGGUCCGGCAGCUCUCUCAGCAGCGGGAACAGAUGGCAAUGUUAGAGGAGCGGUUUCGGGAAGAGGCGGAGAAACUGAGGCGCAGGCACAAGCAGGAGCUGGAAAACAUGGAGGAGGAGCGAGCGGCGGUGGAGGAGGUCAUGGAGACGACGGCGGACGGUCAGAAGCGACUGGAGGAGCAGCACCAGAGCCGAGCGAAGGCUUUAGAGGCGCAGUUUGAGCUGAAGAUCUGUGAGCUUCAACGUCAGCACAAAGAAGAAGUGAGAAAGCUGCAAGAGUGCGCAGGGGACAGGUCUCCACUCAGGACAGGAGCAGAGGGGCAGAGGAAGGGGGAGGACCACAGCGCCUCCGAGGUGGACUCCAUGACGGUUCUGAAGGAGCGCAUUCAAGAGCUAGAAAACCAGAUGGACACCAUGAGAGACGAGUUGGAGAGCAAGAGCCUGGAUGGAGAUACGGCCAGCCUCAGAGAGAAAUACCAGAGAGAUUUUGACAGUCUGAAGGCUACGUGUGAGCGUGGCUUUACCGCAAUGGAAGAAACCCACCAGAAAGUCAUCGAGGACAUCCAACGGCAGCACCAGAGAGAGAUUUCCAAACUGAUGGAGGAGAGAGAGAGGCUGCUGGCCGAGGAGACUGCUGCUACUAUUGCUGCUAUUGAAGCUAUGAAGAAUGCACAUAAGGAGGAGCUGGAGAAAACCCAGCGCUCGCAGAUCAGUGGACUGAACUCUGACAUUGAUGAACUACGCAUUCAAUAUGAGGAGGAGCUGCAGUCCAUCCACAGGGAGCUGGAGGUGCUGUCAGAGCAGUACUCUCAGAAGUGUCUGGAAAACGCUCAUCUGGCUCAGGCGCUGGAGGCCGAGAGGCAGGCCCUCCGGCAGUGUCAGCGAGAGAACCAGGAGCUCAAUGCCCACAACCAGGAGCUGAACAACCGGCUGACGACAGAGAUCACCCGCAUGCGCUCGUGUCUGAGCGGGGAAACUGCCAUGUCACCGUUCACCCAGGGCAAGGAUGUGUAUGAGCUGGAGGUGUUACUCCGAAUCAAGGAGUCAGAAAUUCAGUAUUUAAAACAAGAGAUCCACUCGCUGAAAGAUGAGCUGCAGUCUGCUUUAAGGGACAAAAAGUACGCUGCGGAUAAGUACAAGGACAUCUACACAGAACUCAGUAUUGUAAAAGCCAAGGCCGACUGCGACAUCACCAAACUGAAGGAGAAGUUGCUCCUGGCGACGGAGGCGUUGGGCGAGAGGAACGUGGACGGAUCGGUCUCGUCUGGAUAUGAUAUUAUGAAAUCCAAAAGCAAUCCGGAUUUUACAAAAAAAGAGCAGUCGGCCGCAGCGAAGCCGUCCAGAGGAAUCAGAUCCAAGUCUGUCACUGAACAGGUCUCAUGGGACAGCUGA